CACCUGACCCAAUGUCGCCACCAUGCCACCUGUCUGUAGGCGCCGCAAUCCUACUGGGAUUGAUAGCCUUCUCCUGGUGCAUCAUCGCGGUUGACAGCACAGUGACCGUGUACACUGGCCACGACGAUUCCCUUUGUGAGAAACCUUCUACUCUAACGAUUCGAGAAGGAGGUUGUGACGAUACCGACCUUAUGACCUGCACCGCUUUCGGAGCUGGCGCCUCUGGCACUACAACGUACUACGGCCAACGGACAUGUUUUGAAUCUCGAGAUAAAAGAAUAGAUGCGACUUUCGCAAACUCGAAGAUCUUUAUGGUUGAAUACUACGAGGACGUCAACUGCAACAAGCUAGUCAAGAGCGAAGUGUAUCUAGCGGACGGUGCGUGUCACUACUUCACGCUAGGAACGAUGACGAUAUGGACUGCGGAAGACAAAUCGAUGACAGCACUGUUAGUAUCGGGAAGCUGUGACAGCGACGACUGGUCUGUGUUUAUGAACUUAAACGCGAGUGUCAACACUGGGGCUUGUGUCCCACGAAGUGAGUACCAAGUGGAGGCGGUGAAGUACGUUCUACGUGGAGACUCCUUGGCUCCAACGACACCCAUGCCUACACAACCGUCCACACCGAUACCCACAACUUCUGCUGGUAUGGUGAGCGUCAGGAUCGGUAAUGAUGAUCCGUCGUGCGAGAAACCUUCGACAGCGACGAUUCAGGAAGGGGGCUGUACUGAUCGGUUUGCAUGCACUGCAUAUGACCACGUGGGUGGGUGGAGUAACGUGACGUAUUACGGACUCGGCACGUGCAGCAGCAGUCGGGAGACCUUUCUACGAUCUACUUUUGCGGAUUCUCCAGUUUUCAUGAUCGAGCACUACGAGGAUAGCAAUUGUAACAAACUGACGUCGAGCGAAGUGUACAGAGCUGACGGUGAAUGUCACUACUUCACGCUCGGCGUCAUGAAGAUCUGGGUAUCGGGUGACAAGAAGAAGGCAGCUCUGCUUACAUCCAGCUAUUGCGAGAGCAACGCCUGGUCUGUUUCAAUGGAUCUGAACGUAACUAUCAAUACAGGAGCGUGUAUCGCGAACGACGAAUACGCCUCCAAAGCUGUGAAUACUGCUCGCCGUAUCCAGAGAAUCGCAGGAAGACACGGCCUGGAUGCCGAGUGGUGUAACUUGUUAGUGCAGCGCGAGCGGAUGCUGUACCAGGGCACACGAUCCGUGUUGAGCGACUUGGCCUAUCGUGUAAUCAGGAAAGCGCAAGCGUAG